GGGAUUGAUACCGGCUGGUUGCUAGGGAAGAAAUAAAGAAACAGAGCUCGAAGCUGCCAAGGACACAUAGCGUCUCGCCCUCACGCCCACUCCCAGUGACUUUUCCGGCAGAGUUCACCGCCACUGCCGUCGCUCGCAGUUCUACACCCCCGGCGACUUCCAUGAAUGCCUAAAGGUUGUCCAUCAUGUUGGCUGGUCUGAUUUCUGAGUUGCAGUAAAAAUCACAAUGUUGCUUAAGCCUAUCCGCAAUUCAAAUAGAAGAACUACUUCAGACUUUCUGUCGUCAUUGGGGAAAUAUUUCUCCACUUCGAGACAAUCUGCAGUUGAUUUGGCUUCCAAAGAUGGAGAAAUGAGGAUAUUUUUAGUUGCAGGAGAAGCUUCCGGAGAUGCUAUUGGUUCUCGUUUAAUAGCUGCCUUAACAAAGCUUUCACCUUUCCCAAUACACAUUGCUGGAGUUGGAGGAUCUAUGAUGGCAAAACACGGAUUGAAAUCUGUUUUCCCCAUGGAAGAUAUUGCUGUAAUGGGGAUUUGGGAGUUGUUGCCACAUCUAAAUAAGUUCCAAGUUAGACUGAAGCAAACAUUUGAAGCUGCAAUCUCAUUUAAUCCUCAUGUCAUAGUCACAAUUGAUUCAAAGGGAUUCUCUUUUCGUCUUUUAAAGCAAUUAAGGGCUAGAUAUGGGCAAAAAGGACCUUUACACUUCCAUUAUGUAGCACCAUCUUUUUGGGCAUGGAAAGGAGGUGAAGCAAGACUUAAGGGACUUUCUGAGUUUAUUGAUCAUGUCUUAUGUAUUCUUCCAUUUGAAGAGGAAGUUUGCAUAUCUAAUGGACUACCUGCAACCUUUGUGGGCCACCCCAUUCUAGAAGAUUCCAUUGACCUUAACUCGGUUGCUACAGAAAAGGGAUGGAAGGUGCAAGGAAAUGCUGACAUGUUCAGGGGUAAAUACGGAAUUUCCUCAGGUUCAAGAAUAUUGAGUCUGCUUCCUGGAAGUAGAUUACAAGAAGUGACACAAGAUCACAUCAAAAGAACCACCAAUGAGUGGCCGACACAUGUCGUACUGGUUCCUGGAGGAUCACCCCACACCAAAUAUGAUGCAUUUAGUGCGAGCAGUGUGGCGUUAUGUACAUCGGGGACAGCGGCAAUGGAAUUGCAACUUGUGCGAUUACCAUGUGUUAUCGCGUAUCGAGCACAUUUCCUAACAGAAUGGGCGAUACGUUAUAAAGCUAAAAUACCUUACAUUUCUCUCCCAAAUAUCCUUCUUAAUUCACCUGUUAUUCCCGAAGCCCUUUUUCGUCAUUGCUCACCCAAAAAACUAGCAUGUUUACUCACGGAAGUAAUGUGUAAUGAAGGAGUCCGGGAAGAACAAGUGGUUGCCGCCGAAAGGGUGAUGGAAUUACUAAGGCCGCCACAGGGUGGUAACUUGGGCUUUGAUAACACUGCGAAAAACAACACAACGAUGAAGCCAAUGGCUUUUCUUUGCCUUUCGGCCAUCCUCAUGGCUUCAAUUUUGAUCCAAGAAACCAAAGCCGAAGCUCCUGCAUGUGAUCCUCGGGACCCGAAUUGUGUGGUAAACCCCUCCAGAAAGAACCCGCUUGUCAUAGAAGGGAGUAAAGAAGAUAAGGAGGCAGAAAGGGAAAAAGAAGAUGACACCCCUGAGAUAAUUAUAGUAGGCCAUAGGAAGAUGUCACGUUGA